AUGAAAAAAUUAAAUGCUCUUAGUUAUCGAUCUAAAAAAAGGAGAAUUGACGAAGAGUUACAAUCUCAUUUAAGUAAUUUUUCAAGUUUAGAGUGUUCCUCCACUAUCAAUAACUCUAUUAAUCAUAAUACUGAUAGACAAAUUACUGAAAACUAUCCUGAAAACCUUGUUGUAUCCAACAAUUAUGAUCUGCUACCAGAAAACAAUGUAUCAACUAAUAAUACUUUUCUUAACAUUCAGGAGCCGCCUUUACAACCUGAAAGUUCUGAUGAUCACUUCGACAGUGCAUCUUAUCCAAAUAUCGAUUCAUUGUUGGAUGAUAAUUUAACUUUAAAUACAGAAAAGGCUUUUAAAAAUGAAUUAGCAGAAUGGGCUAUUCAAAAUAAAAUUGCACAUACUGCUUUAAAUAGUCUUUUAUUAAUAUUAAAACAACAUAAAUGUUUUUCAUUCUUGCCUAAGGAUGCUAGAACUAUUUUACACACAAAACCCAUUGAUAUAUGUAAAAUGCGAGAUGUUAAUCCUGGUAAAUAUUACCACUUUGGAAUAGAAAAUGGAAUUAUUCGUUCUUUUUCAAAUUGUGAUGUAAGAGUUCAACAUUUGGAUGAGAUUAAACUUGUUAUUGGUAUUGAUGGGUUACCAAUUUUUAGAAGUAGUUCAAAUCAAUUUUGGCCUAUUUUAGCAUAUAUAAGAUCAAAAUUAAAUACUGUAUUUCCAGUUGGAUUAUACUUUGGUACUGAAAAGCCUAUUUAUAGUAAUGACUUUUUAAAAGACUUUGUGAAUGAAGCAACACAAUUAGUUUCGAAUGGUAUUUUAAUUCAAAAUUGUGCUUAUAAAGUUGUUAUAGAUGUUUUUUGUUGUGACACUCCCGCAAGGUCGUUCGUAUUGAAAACUAAAGGCCAUAAUGGUUUUUUUUUCAUGCACAAGAUGUGA